CGUUUACUCAGUUUACCCUCGUGCGACUUCAGACGGCGCUACUGUACGAAAGAGAAAUAACAAUGGCGGAUCUUCUAGGUUCGAUUUUGAAUUCUAUGGACAAACCACCGACUGUUGGGGACAAACAGAAGAAAUUACUACAAAAGCAACGCGAUGAACACCAGAAGCGCGAAGCGGAGGAGAAAGAGAAGCUAAGAAAGUUCAGAGAUCAGGUUGAGGACAAAAUCAACAAGUUUAUCCAAGAUCCCGAGAAGCAGAAAUACAAGUUCGCGCCAAUGGCAAAGGUACACCGCACAAUAAUCCACGAUGUCGCAGACAUUGCUGGCCUCACCGCUUUUUCCUUUGGAGAGGAAGAAGUGGAUCGCUAUGUCAUGAUCUUCAAGAAGGAGUUUGCGCCAUCGGACGAUGAACUGGCUGCCUACCGGAAAGGAGAAGAGUGGAAUCCUGAGAAAGCCAAGGCAGCUGCGAGGGAAAGGGAACUCGCUGCCGCAGCACUUGCAGAACAGGCCAAGCAGUCGAGUCAAGAAAGUGUACCACAGAGCGACUACCACGAGAAGUACGAAAAGCUGCUGGGUCGAGAAAGCGGGAAGGAUGCAGCCAAGAUUACCACACCCAACAAACAGUUUGGCUUUGUGCCCAGCCAGAACAAGAAGGAUGUCCGGACGAUCGAGCAAGCACUCGCCGACAUUCGGGCCAAGAAGAAGCAGAAAACUGAUGACGGCUCCAGUUCAGAAAAAACGGAGCAGGACUGACAUUUUGUAGAGGAAAACAAAACAGCGCGUGUUUGUAAAUCGAGGCUAGACAAAUUCGAACAUCCCCACCCUCGUCACUGUUUUGAGCUCUCUUGGUUUUGCUACGUGUCUCUUUACAGGCAUGGUUGCACACACGUCAUUACCGUGAUGAGGUGAAUUGUUAAGUUUGUUGUCUGCAUUUUUUUUAUAUCUAUAAAGUCAAAUUAAAAUGAAUUGCUGCUGCUUGUUGUGCAUCCCCUCUAACAGAGAGGCAGUGGUAUAAAAGUGCUCAAGACUACAGUGGCCUCAAGUUGAUAUGUAUGUAGAAAAUGAGAUGUCCAUUUGUUCUUUCUAGCUGUAAAAAAAAAAAAAAAGCAUGCUUUUUUCUUUUCAGUCACUUGGGCAUGCCUUGCAGAUGCUUCAUUUCAGAUUAGUGGCUGCAUACAACAACGCUGCUUUCAGUAUUAUUACCAUCUUUUGUUGUGCUAGUCUAUACUUAUAGUUUAGUAACAAUAAAUGAGUUAAAAUAAUAGCGGAGGAAAUAAUUGCCAAGUUGAGUUGACCCACUGGCUGCCAAUCUGACAACCGCACCUGCAGAGACUGGCCUCUGGCUCGUAAGGUUUUACUGCAUUGUCAUUUUGUCUUGUUUUUCUGGUUUUUACCAUUUGCAUAAAUUGAAAUGCGAGAACGUUGAAAUCAGCUAAAACACGUCUUUACAAGUCGCACAUCUAGCUUUGAGAAAUGACCAUUGGGAGCUUGGUUCAGUGGUGGUUUGCAACGAGAGAACAGUUAACGAAUAAUAUCGACACAUAGUUUGUCUUCGUCAUAUGUCACUUUUUUUUUCAUAGAGUUGAGCAUACAUCAUUUAGAGACUGGUCACUCUCUCAUCACACAUUGCAUUAGGAAAGAAUUAUGUCCAAGUGACAUUCCAGUUUCCUUUAUUCUUUGAUUUACGCAGGUGGUGCGUAAGGCACUCUGCAAAAAUGCUGCUUUUACUGGGUCUGCUCUUGACAUGCUGAUGAAAAGUUGCUCUUGUUUGUUUGAAGAAAUUUUAGACAUCUGCUUGCGUAGUCUGUGAUGAACUUGUGUGUGGAGUUUUCCAGAUACUGUAAAUAUAGUACGGGACCGGCUUUGAAAAUUUUUUUGGUGUUUACACCAUUCUGUAAUUUUAGCAAGCAUCGCAAGUUUGGACUCGAAUUGUCUGUUGCGGCAUUUUUGACAGCUUCGCGGAGCCGACCUCUAGGACAGCAACCUGAAAUUUCACAAUAAAAAAAAUUCUUUUGUUUAAU